CCUCUCCGAGUCGAGAAGAAGGCCGCCGUCCACAUCCAGGAGUACACCCUCAGCAAGAGGCAGCAGGCCAUCGCCGACGCCGUGCUCGAGCUUCCGUUUUCCAUAUCUCGCGACCGCGAGUCCUUCGGCCUCCCGCCAGAGGACCCUGACAUGAGGAAACUGUGGACGAGGAACCUCCAGCAGAGGCUUGGCCGAGUUGCCGAUCAGAUCAACGGCGCGCAGUCCGCCAAGGCUGAUGCCAGCAAACUGUUAACGGAGGCCUCGGUGAUCAAGUGCAUGCUCGCGAUGGCCGCGGAUCCACACGCCGACGCCAACACCCAGCGCAUCGCCGACUUGAAGCGCCUCAUCACGGACGUCAAGCUCGAGAUUGCCGCCGAAGCCGACACUGAUUGUGAAGCUGACUCCGAGGACGACAAAAAGCAGUACAACAAUAAAAGAGCCAACGCCCCAUUUCGCCGUCGCACCAGUCGAGAGCCCCCAUCCCCGCGCUCGAGCAGGCUGGCCCCGCCAUCAAGCAGCAUCGCAGAGCAGCUCAGGAAGAAGGACGAGGAAGCGUGCCGAGAAGGGAGGAGCCACGUCAAAAUCGCCAAUGCCAAGCUCCGCAAGAAGACAGAAGAGUACGAGGAGGAGGUGGAAGCCAUGCGCCAGUGCUUCGCUGAGAUGAGGAUGCAAAGCCGAGACAGGCUCGUGCGCCGCGAGCAAGCGCUCUCCAAGACGGCUCUGAACGCCACGGAGCAAGCAACAGCAAGGAACAACGAGGUACUCCGCCGCCAAGAAGCACAGCAAGAGCGCGCGUUCCAGCAGCGGGAUGAGCCCGUCCAUCAGAUCUACGCCGAGAAGAUGGAGCAGGAAGCGCAGAGGAUGGAGAACCACGAGCGCGCGAUGAGAUACGACCUCGAGCGUCAGAAGCUCACCUACGAGCAGAAGCGCACAGCGGAAACGGCCACCCAGAGACGCAACGGAAAAACCGACAUCGCCGAGCAGAUCGCGGAGGCCCACGCGGACCUAAAGCGAGAGGAGAUCCACCAAGAGCAUGCGAUUCAGAAGCAGACGGCCAUCGCCGCCACGAAGCUCUUGGACGAGCACUCCGCGGUCCAGAGGGAGCGCGAGGUGGUCUACCAGCAGGCGGAGCCCCAGCUCGAGGCGCAGCGCCAUAGCCAGAACAAGUGCGACCAGCUCGAAGCCAAGGAACUAGAGCACCAACGGGUUACCCUACAGCACCAGCUCUUCUUCAACGAGGCCCAGGCUCUCCAGCAACAGCUGCAGCACAAGACCGAGUGCGACCAACACCAACGCGAGCAGUUUCUGGAGAGAUACGGCCAGCACGAGGCGGAGAUGCACCAGCAGCAGCAGUUCGCCAACACCGAGCUACAAGAAGAGCAUCGAAUACACCAGUCACUUCUCGGGAAGACCCUGCGGGAGCAGCUCGACAACAUCGCGCCCAAGAUCGACACAUACAUGCGCGACAGCGUUGCCAACGCACUCAUCACGGAAAACGAGAAGCAGAAGAUGCAAGCCCAAGCCGACGAUGAGGAGGCCCACCAGCGGGACAACAUCCGCUCCGCUCUCCACGCCAUCGCCUCGUCGCACGAGUUCGACUACGACGUGACCCGUGAAUCGUACUACUCCGAACUCGACCAGAUGGCAACCCCGAAGAUGGCA